AUGGAUCACACACUCUUUGGCUGCCUGCGCAGCCCUCAUGCCACCGCACAGGGCUUGCACCCGUUCUCACAGUCUUCUCUCGCCCUGCAUGGAAGAUCUGACCACAUGUCCUACCCCGAGCUGUCUACUUCUUCCUCCUCGUGCAUCAUAGCGGGAUACCCCAAUGAAGAGGGCAUGUUUGCCAGCCAGCAUCACAGAGGGCACCACCAUCACCACCACCACCACCACCAUCACCACCAGCAGCAGCAGCAGCACCAUCAGGCUUUGCAGACGAACUGGCACAUUCCUCAGAUGUCUUCUCCCCCCGCCGCUGCCAGGCACAGCCUCUGCCUGCAGCCCGACUCAGGAGGUCCCCCGGAGCUGGGCAGUAGCCCCCCAGUCCUGUGUUCAAACUCCUCCAGCCUGGGCACGAAUACCCCGACGGGGGCUGCAUGUGCUCCCGGGGACUAUGGCAGGCAGGCGCUGUCCCCAGUGGAAACAGAGAAGAGGUCCGGCAAAAGGAAAAGCGACAGCUCAGAUUCCCAGGAAGGAAAUUACAAAUCAGAGGUCAACAGUAAGCCUAGGAAGGAAAGGACAGCCUUUACCAAGGAGCAAAUCAGAGAGCUAGAAGCAGAAUUUGCCCAUCAUAACUACCUGACCAGGCUGAGGAGAUAUGAGAUAGCUGUAAAUCUGGACCUCACUGAAAGACAGGUAAAAGUUUGGUUCCAGAACAGACGAAUGAAAUGGAAGCGGGUAAAAGGGGGCCAGCAAGGGGCAGCAGCCCGGGAAAAGGAACUGGUGAAUGUGAAAAAGGGCACACUGCUUCCCUCAGAGCUUUCUGGAAUUGGUGCAGCUGGCCUCCAGCACACGGGGGACUCACUAGCGAACGAUGACAGCCAUGACAGUGAUCACAGCUCUGAGCACGCACACUUAUGA